AUGUCUUUGACUGUUACCACGGAGAGCAUAGACCAUGAUGCUGGUAAUCGUCGCGAGAGACCUUGGCUGUUCCCAUCGAAUCGCAAGCUUCGUCAUCUGCAGGGCAUCUCAAUCCGUAAUCUUGUCGUCAACAACCCCCCGAAUAGGACUCGCGGGAAAACCAUCGACGAUGAAGACAUCCCCAACUCGUUUCAAUCGCCAUCCAAGAUUCUCGCCCAAGACGCAAAUCGCUCCCUGAACCACUCACGCUCAUUUACAAAUCUCAAAUCUAUCAAUGCAGCCAGCGAUAGUCGUAUCCGUAAUGAGCAGCCCCCUCCACUGCGGCAGCCUCAAAGGCGAAACACCUUACCUUGGAGUGACCCUAAUCCGCGCACAAGACAAGUUAAGCUAGAGGAUAUCAUGAGGAGUCGCAUGGCGGAUACAUGGUUCUCCAUCCAUUGCGACAAGGUUGAAGAACCAGUGUACGUUAGUGAGGUUGUAAAGGAUGCCACGAACCCGAGCUUUCGGUCCUUCGACCUGAAUAUGUGCGGACCCCUGGUCUCGCGAUCAGAUAGCUUCAGCCUCAAGCUGUGGGCGAAAACGGUUGCUAUGGAAGAGUACGUGCUGCUAGUGGAGCUGCAGCUACAUUUACAAUCCCUGCAGUUUUUGGGGAAGUCGUUGGAUAGUUUUCACCAGCCGCUGCCGUCCAAUUCUGUUCUUUUCCACUUCUCGGAUGGUGUAUAUGGGAAUCUGACCGAUCUUCCGCCAGUUUGGAUGCCUUUGCCUGCGAAAGGACCCAAGACUUCCGAUGGGAAUGCGUUGCCGACUUCGUCCUACGAUGCGCUGAUGCGGCUUGCAAAUCUGGACGAGUGUAUUCAAGACGCAUUGAUUACCAGGGAAAAGUUGGAGGCCCAGAUAAGCUCAAUCUUGGAACGAAAUCAGAAAGCUUUAGCCGUGACUAGUGAGGCUUCGCGAGCUCGGGAUAAAGUGGCUUUAACGAAACAGGCGGUGGUGUCUGAGAGGAAACAACUUCGCAUGGCUAGCAAACGUAAGGAAGAGCUGAUCGCCAGCUUACGCGCGAGGAGGGAGGCUAUGGCGCGUGGGCGCCAGACUCAAGACAGAGCCCGUAGUCACCUUCCCGAUGCACAGGAGAAGUUGUCCUCCAGCGCUAAGUUGUUGGAAAAAGAGACAGAAGCAUCUAAGGGUCAGAUCCGGCGCAUCUCAGAAGAUCUCCUUGCAAUCUAUCCCAUUGAACCCAUCCCUGACAAGCCACUUGCGUUUACAAUUGCGGGUAUUGCCCUCCCAAACUCGAACUUCGCGGAUAUUGAUCGAGACGCCGUGGCGGCAGCUCUGGGGUUUACAGCACACCUGGUUUACCUCCUGUCCUUCUAUCUAUCCAUGUCCAUUCCUUACCCGAUCAAUCCGUAUCUUUCCAACUCACUGAUCCAGGACCCUGUAUCCGUCUCCCUGCCACAAAGAACCUACCCCCUAUACCCAGUCAACGUCCAUUACCGGUUCGAGUAUGGGGUGUUUCUGCUCAACAAAAACAUCGAGUUUCUCCUGAAUAAACAAGGCCUACGGGUGCUUGACAUUCGUCACACGCUCCCUAACUUGAAGUAUCUGCUCUACAUUCUUACCGCAGGGACGGCGGAAAUACCCGCCCGAAAGCCUGGCGGGAUUCGAGGCCUGUUACCGGGCCGGUUGACGCCUAGCACGAUGUCCAGGCGCGGGAGCGAAGACAGUGUUGCAUGCAGCGAAUCCAACUUACCCCGGAAAAUGAUGAGUUCGCUGGGGAAAUCCAAUGGGGAGAUCGCGUCUGACAAGGGGAAGAAAAGCAUCCCUGUUUUGAAUACGGCGUCUGCCUCACAGGUGGCCUAA